UUUGUGGACUGCGUUUCCUGUCACCAAGAUACUCGGACUUCAAUAUCGACCACAAACACUCGACCGUGGAAGUUCAAACUGUGCAAAAAGUUGGCACAUUCCGAAAGAUAAGACAACGAAACACGAACAAGCCUCUUACAUUCGUUUGAACCUCUCAUCAUGUCUUUAGGGGUUGCCGAAAAUGGUGUACACCCGGCCACCUUCAGUCUGGUCGAUCGGUUUUGUAAAUGUAGUGCGCGUGUUACGUUUGCCAGAAGAACCUCUUCUAUGUGAAGAGGGAAUCACCUUCAGUAUGAGGCAUGUGCCAUACCGCUCAACAACUUGCAGACCCGAAUUUAUACUACUCUCCCUGCUAGCCAUCGCUUUAGUGCUGAUUGUCCAUCAAUAUUCUCGGGCAGUGUUCGAACAGAAUGAGGUGCUUCAGUACAGGCGCAAUCACGGCGCGUCCUUAACCAAGGACCUACAAGAUACUCCGGGACAUAUGGGAGAACCGGUACUAAUACCUGAGAACCAAUCAGUGCAACUACCGAACAGGGUGAAGGAACAGAUAGCUCUCGGUUGGCAGCGGCAGGGUUACAAUCAAUUCGUAUCCGAUCUGAUCUCCGUUCGCCGAGAGCUGCCGGAUGUGCGUGAUUCUUGGUGUCGUGAGAAAAGAUAUUCCCCGCUAGAUUUGCCACCAGUGUCCGUUGUGAUUGUGUUCCACGAUGAAGCUCUAUCGGUGUUACUGAGGACCGUGCACUCGGUGUUAAACCGCACACCUCCGGAGCUUAUCCGAGAGAUCCUGCUGAUCGAUGAUUGGUCAAGUUUGGUGGAACUGAAAACAUUUUUGGAUGAUUACUUCCUGCCGUACAGUGAUAAGGUACGAAUUCUACGAACUACGAAACGUGUUGGACUGAUAAAAGGAAGAGUUUUCGGUGCCAAGCGUGCGUCCGCUGAAUACUUGGUGUUUCUCGAUGCUCACUGUGAGUGUCUUCCGGGGUGGUUAGAGCCCAUGCUAGAGCUGGUGGUUAAAAAGGACAUCAGUGGAAAAAAUGUAGUUGCAGUACCCACAAUCGACUGGAUAAAUGAGACGACGCUCGCACUUCAGGUGGGUCCAUCAACCGGACUGUAUGGAGCGUUUGAUUGGAAUCUAAGCUUUCAGUGGCGCCCACGGUAUGAUCGCCGCCAACCUCAGGUGGAUAAUUCCCUGGAACCGUUUGAUAGCCCAGUUAUGGCCGGCGGACUAUUCUGUAUUGAGAAGGAUUUUUUUGCUCGUCUAGGCUGGUAUGACUCGGGACUGCAGGUGUACGGCGGUGAAAACAUGGAGCUGUCCUUCAAGGUGUGGAUGUGUGGUGGAGCAAUUCAAAUUGUGCCCUGCUCGCAUGUUGCUCACAUCCAGAAACGGAACCAUCCUUACAUUGGGAGCUACACUAAGGAGCGCGAGCUAACGAUGAAGAACAGCCUCCGUGUGGCCGAAGUUUGGAUGGAUGAGUAUGCCGAGUUUCUCUAUCGCUUGCAUCCCGAUUACCGGACCCUGUUGACCUCACAAAAUCCCAAAACGGUCGAUCUAAAUGAACGACGACUUCUUCGCAGCCGGUUAGCGUGUCGAUCGUUCGGUUGGUAUCUGCAAAACAUCUUUCCCGAGCAGGACGAUCCAUCGCGGGCUCAAGCGAUGGGUUGGAUUCGGAACGAGAACCAAUCGGGCGGACUCUGUCUAACCUGGCCCAUGCGAGAUCGUUCACUAGCGUUGCUUCACUGCCAUGGAUUGGGAGGGCAACAGAUUUGGUUUCAUCGGACAGCGGGCGAGAUCACUCGAGAAGGACACUGUCUUGGUGUUAGGGUUAGCGGAGGAUCACAAGGACCCGAAGUCGUGAUAACACUCUGCACCACCUCCCACACUAACACCAAUGCAUACAAAUGGCUCUACCUUCGCCAGACGGGCCAGCUGAUAAACGUUGGAACAGAACUAUGUUUAGUACCAGCAAGCAGUCGUUUCCGUUUAGCAGUCGUACAAUGUGAUCCGUUGGAAGCUGCGUCCAGUUCCGGUACAGAUACAAACAGCCAACGAUGGACGUUUCAAAUCGAUAAAAUAUGAUCAUGAAAGGAGAAGGUGGCUCAAUAAAACCGCACCGAAAACUAAACCGGGAAAGAAAUAAUUUAAUUUCCUUCCUUCUUGGGAAAGGAAUUGGUUCCCCAAAUAUCGGCACACAUGAUUCAACCACGGGCAUCUCUGCAAAACCGUUACCGACAAACAAACCGGAUGGUUCCCGUGGUGAAAGGAGAAACCAUUUCACCUGCACUCACGUUCGCCAGACGACACACCACCAGCAGCGUCGUGCCGCGUUUGCUAAUUUUGUCGACCAUCGGGCGCGUUCGCGGUGCAAAACAACCGAAACAAGGCGCCAUUAUCACACCGACCGUUUAGGGCGCGCGAGAUGCAGUGAAGGAAGAAUCAAAAAUAAAACCAUCACAGACGAAAGUGGGAGCUCGCCGAAAGAUCAAUGACAGUGAUCAUGGCCGCAACUACUCUCACCAUUUCUUCACUAUGGUUUCGGGGAGCGAUUUACAACGGCAGCCGGUAAUGAUCUUUGGCAUGCUGCUUACCGGACCGGACCGGGAACAGAAGAAAGUACGCAAAGCGAGAUCGUGGACGUACUAAAUAUAGGCCACACACGUAUGGGGCGCCGUUGCAAGGGUUGUUUUUUUUGCGACCAACUGGGAACGCUCUUAUGAUUAGUUUAGAGCACUGAGCUCUGAUUGAUUAAAUGUGAUGUAACGCUACUACGAGGGUCGGCUAAGUACAAUCGAUCGGCAAUUUACGGUGGAGAUGUAAUUUCAGAGAGACGAAGUACGAUUGAUGCGUAAUGCGCGCGGAGGAGGAUGUAAGAGCUCUGAUGCAUUAGGCCUACACUGACUGGAUUGAUCAAUCGU